AUGAAAUUCUUCGCAGUUCUUGCACUUUGUGUCGUUGGAGCUAUUGCUUCCCCAUUGUCUGCUGACGAAGCAGCAAUUGUUAAGUCAUCAUGGGAUCAAGUCAAGCACAAUGAAGUUGACAUUCUUGCUGCUGUUUUUGCUGCAUACCCAGACAUCCAGGCUAAGUUCCCACAGUUCGCUGGAAAGGAUCUCGCUUCAAUUAAGGAUACUGCCGCAUUCGCAACACACGCAACAAGAAUUGUUUCAUUCUUCACAGAAGUAAUUUCUCUCUCAGGAAAUCAAGCCAACCUUUCAGCCGUUUACGCACUCGUCUCAAAAUUGGGAGUUGAUCACAAAGCACGUGGAAUCUCAGCUGCUCAAUUCGGUGAAUUCAGAACUGCUCUCGUUUCAUACCUACAAGCUCAUGUCUCAUGGGGUGACAAUGUUGCUGCUGCUUGGAAUCACGCUUUAGAUAACACUUAUGCAGUUGCACUCAAGUCUCUUGAAUAA